AUGCGGAGUCGCCAUGUUUUACCUCAGGAUGACGGCGGGCAGGGCCGGAGCGGGGCUUUUCUCUGUCACAGAGGUGCUCCCGCCAUAGAGGGAGCGGAGCUGCGGGCUCGCAGUGGGCGCUGUCUCGCCAUAGUUGGGCGGGAAAGCCCACAGCCAAGGAAGUGUCCUGGGCUGCAGGUGAUACCUUCUCCCAUGGAUCCGGAACCAUUCCUUUUUGAAAAGCUGCUUCCAGCCUUAGUUGGAUCAUUGCAAGUGAACAAAAAGCUUCAGAGUGGACAAAGAAUCUCCACAGGACAACUGAAAGGUCCUGAGUCUUUUACUGAUGUUUUAGGAGCCUCGAUUCAGUCAGAUGAAAUCCUACAAUAUGACGAAGGAGCUCCAGACUAUGAACCAAAAUGUGGCUGGCCCCAUGGAGUCCAAAUGGAUCAGGAUGGUAACUUGAUUGUGGUGGACUCUUACUCAGGCCUGUACAAAGUCAGUCCAAGGACAGGAGAGAAAACCCUCCUGCUAUCAGGUGAAAAAGGUGUGGAUGGGCUGCCUUUCAAAUUCCUAAGUGGAUUAGAAAUAUCAAAGAAAAAAUGGAUUUAUUUUACAGAUUCAAGUAGCAAGUGGGAAAGACGACAUCACAAAUAUGAGGUAAUGGAAAUAAACCGUCUUGGUCGCCUCUUGGCCUAUGACCCUGUAACAAGAAGAGGAAGGACAGUGCUCAGUGGCUUGUACAUGGCAAAUGGGAUUGCCCUGUCUCCCCGUGAAGAUUACAUGUUAAUAGCAGAAACCAGCAUAUGCAGAAUCAUACAGUAUCUAAUACAGGGGAAAAAAGAAGUUGUGGACAACCUGCCUGGGUAUCCAGACAACAUCAGAUUAUCAAACAUCAUAGGCUUAUACAGAGUUGGAAUAUCUACUACUCACUUUCCUACUUUCUUUUCUCCUUUUCUGGAUGCCUCAGGACCAUAUCCAUUCCUGAAGAGAUUUAUUGCAAAGGUGACUCCUUUAUCAUUCUACAGCAUUUUUCUUCACAAACAUGGCUUAUUCUUAGAAAUUAACAACAAAGGAGACAGUGUGGCAAGCUUCCACAACCCUGACGGUAGCAUCACUUGGGCUGUCGGUGGCAUCUUUGAGCACAAUGGGAAGGUGGAUCUAGGCACUACAGAGCUGCCUUUUCUCAUGGUGCUACAGUAA